CCGCUGGCGUCAGCAGUUGGAAACAAGUUGCUCUUCCCAAAUGGAUUUCGUGGUGUUUUACAUUUUCUUUCUCCUUUGUGCAGUGACGGUGCGUUGUGCCGCCGGGCCUUUAGUGGACGUUCUUAUCGACCGGUACGACGUCCCGAAAGUUUGUCGUCGAGAAGUGAAAAUAGAAGAUUUUAUCCGCUAUCACUUUAACGGUAGUUUCUAUGUGGACGGCAAGAAGUUUGACUCCAGUCAUGACCGAGGCAAAGCCUACAUCAGCCAGGUGGGCCUUGGCAGACUCAUCACCGGAAUGGAUCGCGGCCUUCAAGGCAUGUGUGUGAACGAGCGGAGGAGGAUCACAGUCCCCCCACAUCUUGCUUAUGGAAGCAUUGGAACAGGUGGCGUUAUCCCUCCUGACGCUGUGUUGGUGUACGAUGUCCUUCUGCUGGACGUCUGGCAUACUGACGACAAGGUAGAGAUCCGUACAAUUAGCAAACCAGAGCGAUGCAACCGCACCACGAAGGCAUCAGAUUUCAUCCGCUAUCACUAUAAUGGCACCCUACUGACCGGUCAGCCUUUUGAUUCCAGCUUAUCUGGGAACGGAACUUAUGAUGCCUACUUGGGACAGGGCAACCUCAUCAAAGGCAUGGAUGAGGGUCUGCUAGGCAUGUGUGUCGGAGAGAGGCGGGUCAUUAUUAUUCCACCCUUUCUGGCCUACGGAGAGACCGGACAUGGAAGUCAGGUCCCUCCUCAGGCGACGUUGGUGUUUGAGGUGCUGCUUGUUGAUGUGUUCAGCCCUAAUGACGACCUCUUGGUGGAGGUGAAAGAGGUGCCCAAAGUUUGUCCCCGGCGGACAGUGAAAGGAGAUUACAUCAGAUACCACUACAACGGAACCUUCCAGGAUGGUUCUGCCUUCGAUUCCAGCUACUUGCGAAACCGCACCUACAACACUUACAUUGGUGUGGGCCAAGUGAUCCGCGGGAUGGACAAAGCCCUGCAGGGACUGUGCAUGGGGGAGAAGAGGAGGAUAACUGUCCCCCCUCAAAUGGCAUACGGCGAAGAGGGAGUCAGAGACCUCAUUCCUGGCUCUGCUGUGCUCAUCUUUGACAUUCAUGUCAUCGAUUUCCACAACCCCAAAGAUCCCGUCCAGAUCACGGUUACCCACAAGCCCCAGCAAUGCAUCUCCACCAGCGAAGCUGAUGACUUAAUUCACUAUCGUUAUAAUUGCUCCUUGAUGGAUGGCACCCUGCUGUACUCCUCAGAUUGGUACAACUCGCCUUCUGUAACAACUCUAGGAGCAAACAAAGUGAUCUUUGGCUUGGAGGAAGGUCUGAGUGGCAUGUGUGUGGGCGAGCGGAGGGAGGUGAUUGUUCCACCCCACUUUGGGCAUGGUGAAGAUGGAGCCGGAGACGUUCCCAGCAGUGCCGUGCUCUUCUUUGAGCUGGAGCUGGCGGAGCUGCAGAAGGGUGUGCCUGAAGGCUACAUGUUCAUAUGGCUCGGAGACAUUCCUGAUCCCCUUCUUCCGGCCAUGGAUCUCAACGGCAAUGGAGAAGUCCUUCUAGAAGAGUUUUCAGCCUUUAUCAUGACCCAAGUUGAAGCGGGCGCAGGUCGACUCCGGCCAGGUGUAGACGUCGACAGCAUUAUUAAAGAUAUGUUUAAUAAUCAGGACCAGAAUAAAGACGGGAAGAUUGUACCAGACGAACUAAAACUUACAGUGGAGGAGGAGGAGUCGGCACACACAAGACGAGAUGAGUUAUAAAGAGGCUGAAUUCUUUAAUUAGGAUUCGAGGUUACAGGUGUGUCUGUGGUUACAUUGGUGCGAAAGCCACCGCUGUGCACCAAAUUUCUGAUCAAAAACGUUUCACAUACUGAAACAGUAAUGAUCGUGGAUUACAGGAAAAAGGGCAACGUGGGUUAAGAUUCAAAUUUGUUUGCUUUAACAGAGCAGGCCAACAAGAUGAGUCCAGACCCUCAAAGGUGCCAAAGUGGCAAGAAAACGUGUAGUUUGUGUUUGAAUGCUCAGUGUCUGGUGGGUAGGAGACUAAUGUUUGAAAAUGUGAAGAUGAAUAAGUCAUAUUGUGUUGUAACAUUUACUUUGAACCACCUGUAGAAAGUGUUUGGGACACUCCCAAUUUCCCAACAUCCGGGACAUUCCCAAUUUGAUCCUUAACCACGAAAGUCAACACUGGCUGAAACACUUGGUCGUGUACAAAUGUAACGACCAGUAGAUGUACAGUACAUAAUA